AUGAAUGUGAAGGAGAGCCAUCCCUUCAGUGGGAGACACCUCAUACAAUGGAUUCCGGCGGCAACAUCCGACUGUGACUUCCUUCUCCACAAAUACUGUGCUGAUCUGCCAAGCAAAAUACAACAUCCACUUCACCCAAAACACACCCUCAAUCUCCUCACUAGCUGCUGUAUCUCCUGCAACGCCUGCGAUACUCUCUGCAACACAUUCGCUUACCAGUGCGGCGAAUGCUACAACUUUAACAUUGAUGUCAAGUGUGUUUCAUUUCCACUCACAAUCCGGCACGAUGCGCACGAGCAUGUCCUGGCUCUGGAUAAAGAUCCAGGACGUGCUCAUUGCAAUGCGUGUCAAAAAGAAUUUGGAGGGUAUGCACUCCGAUGCAGUGGCAGACACUGCAAUUUCAACCUCCACAUUGGUUGUGCUUCUCUACCGCGUACAGUUAAGCACAGAUAUGACAAACAUGCCCUCGUGCUAACCUAUUGUCCUCUUGACAAAGAGUACUGUUGUAAGAUUUGUGAGAAGGAAAUGAACCCAAAACAUUGGUUCUAUUGUUGCGCGGAUUGUGAAGUUGGUUUGCAUCCCGAUUGCAUUUGUGACCUUGCUGAGCACCUAAAUUUCAAGUUUGAGGCUAAGAACCAUAGCGAUCAUCCUCACCCUCUGAGUUUUGUGAGGAAGUUGAAGGACAAUCCACCUCCAUGUGAUAACUGCGGCAAUCCGUGCGAUGACCUUGCCUUUCAAUGCGAGGAGUGUAAUUACAACCUCGACUUCAGCUGUGCAUCCAGGUUUGGGUAAUGUCAAGCAGUAUUGGGACACGUA